AUGGAACUCUUCCAACGCCUCGACGAGGACAUCGCAAACCUCAUCAUCAGCCAUGGUUUGCUAAACCUGGACACUCUGCGCUUCGCUACCAACGAGGAAGUCGAGGCCGCAGCAACUCUGGUCCUAUAUAUGGCGGACCCCGACACGCAACUCGCCAUCGCCUUGCGGCAGAGCACCAUCGUAGACCGACGCUCACCCAACAACAACAACGCCCACGACACUAAGCCGGGACGUUAUGUCACCUGGGAGGAGCGCAACAGCCUCCUCGCCGAAAGCAGAUCCAACAGCGCCGCGGCUUCCGAGGCCGGCGACGACGACGACAACGGGCCGGAUUGCGUUGUCUGCACCGGCGGUCGGCAGCCCAAGAACCGCCUUCCCUGCGGCUGCUGGAUGUGUCCGCCGUGCCUGCGGGCGUGCAUACGCGCGGGUCUGCGGGCAGGGGGCUGGCCUCCGCGGUGCUGCGAGCCGUUGCACCAAGAUCACAUCGAGCGAGCGGACCGGGAGCGGCCCGGCCUGCUGAGGCUGUACCAGCAAAUCAGGGAGGAGAAUGAGACAGACGGUACCGAGAGGGUGUACUGCGCCAGGCCGGCUUGUGCGGCGUUUAUACCGCCUCGAGGGCCGCAUGCCAGGGGCGAUGAGAUGGAGUGCCCUGCGUGCGGCGAGGGGACGUGUCGGCGGUGCAGGCAGGGCAUACAUCCUGGACGGCCGUGCCGGGAGGAAGACGAGGACGAGGUGCUGAUGGACGCCAUGGACGAGUACAACCUCUCGCCUUGUCCUCAGUGUCGGCGGAUCAUCGAGCUUGCGGCCGGCUGUCAUCACAUCACGUAA